AUGUCUAGCCGCACAAGUGAACACGGUCAUCUGAUCAUGGUAUUGGAGGACAUUAUGCAACUUUAUCGUAUUGAAACAACCUAUUUCUUGCACAAAUACCUUAAUGCCCGCACCCGGCUGGCAAAAAGAAAGGUCAUAGACCACGCAAAGCGGUAUAGUAUAUUGAAAAAAAUCCCUACGCAAGUGGAGCACCUAGAUAGACUUGUGCAUGCUAGUGAUACAGAUUGCAUCGCCAAAUUGCGAAUGGACCGCAACACCUUUGGACGGUUAUGUCGUAUACUACAUGCGCGGGGUUGCCUGCGCAUCGGGAGAUGUUUAGGAAUCGAGGAACAGGUUGCCAUGUUUUUGGGGGUACUUGCUCAUCAUGAUAAAAACCGUGUGGUUAAAUUCCAUUUCCUCCGAUCUGGGGCCAAUGUUUCGCACAUUGUGCACAACGUGCUUUGUGCAAUUCUCAGCCUUCACUCGGUGCUGAUUUCCAAACCCACUCCCGUCGCCGUAAACAACACGGAUCAUAGAUGGAAAUGGAUUAAGGGUUGCCUUGGUGCUCUUGAUGGAACACACAUCAACGUACUCGUCAGCAAUGAAGACAAGCCCCGAUACAGAACCAGAAAGGGGCAAAUUGCGACUAAUACCCUUGCCAUGUGUGAUCGGAACAUGCAAUUCGUGUAUCUACUAGCCGGGUGGGAAGGGUGUGCUGGCGACUCCCGUAUUCUUAGAGAUGCAGUUACCCGGUAUAAUGGUUUCAAGGUGCCCCAAGGUUGUUACUACUUGUGUGAUAAUGCUUAUGCUAACAGUAAUGGCUUCCUCACACCAUACCGUGGCGUGCGUUAUCAUCUGAAAGAGUAUGGCCCAGGAACAGAGUCGCCGCAGGAUCCAAAAGAAAUGUUCAAUAUGUGCCAUACUAAGGCAAGAAACAUAAUCGAACGAGCUUUUGCAGUCUUAAAAAUGCGUUGGGGUAUCCUUCGAAGUGCAUCGUUCUAUCCAAUUGAGACUCAGAUCCGCUUGAUUAUGUGUUGUUUUCUACUACACAAUUUUAUUCGGUGGGAGAUGGAGGUUGAUCCGGUCGAAAUGGAGCUUGAUGAUGCUGAUUUGGCGGAGUUGGGCAACACAGAAGAAAACAUAGGCGCUGAUUAUGUGAAUUGUGUCGAGCCAACUGCCGAAUGGACUCAAACCAGGGAGCAACUAGCAAUGAACAUAUGGAUGAAUAGAUAG